GACAAAACGUUGACGAAAUUAGGUGCGUAGCCCAACUAAGCUUUAUCCAUUCCAACUCACCCCCAUAAAACAGCCCAAAAUUCCCUCAAACUUAAUAAACCCAAAAACCACGUACAUUAAAUUAAAAAGAAAAAACCAUACUAUAACCUUCUUCAUAUUCUCUCUCCUCUCUUACAAUUGACAAACAACAUCAAGAAUUCACAACUGAAAAACCCAGAAAAAAAACCAAGAAAAAACAACAACCCAGAAAUCAAAAUCAUGUCUUCUCCUCAACAAAAUCAAAAUCCAACAAACCCAGAAACUCAAACUCAAUCAUACCCAGAAAUGCCCCCAAUUCGUGUAAAACCACCAGCAUCAAGCAGCAGCACAUCAUCCCCACGCGUCACAGUUUCGACACCAACUGCAACCGCAACUGGCGCAGCAGCCGAGACUCCGACGGCUGGUGCAGCGCGUAAGAUUGCGAUAGCGGUGGAUCUGAGCGACGAGAGUGCGUUUGCUGUGAAAUGGGCGGUUGACCAUUACAUUAGACCUGGAGAUGCUGUUGUUCUUCUUCAUGUUCGUCCUACUUCUGUUCUUUAUGGUGCUGAUUGGGGUUGUGUUGAUUUUGAUGCUGCUAAUAGUAGUAAUAAUAGUAAUAAAAAUGAACAAGAAUCUCAGCAGAAACUUGAAGAUGAUUUUGAUGCUUUUACUACUUCUAAAGCUGCUGAUCUUGCUCAACCUCUUCUUCAGGCUCAGGUGCCAUAUAAGAUUCAUAUUGUUAAAGACCAUGACAUGAAGGAAAGACUUUGUUUGGAGGUGGAGAGGUUGGGAUUUAAUGCUGUAAUUAUGGGAAGCCGUGGUUUUGGUGCUUCUAAGAGAGGAAGCAACGGUAGGCUUGGGAGUGUUAGUGAUUAUUGUGUACGCCACUGUGUUUGUCCUGUUGUGGUUGUCCGUUAUCCUGAUGAGAAGGAUGGAAAUGGUGGAGAUGAUGAAAUGAUUCCUCUGUCUGAGGCAGAUGAAGAAGGGGCAGCUGAUGAGGAUGAGGAGUACCAUGAUGCCUCAGAUGAACGCAAGGCGACAGCCUGAAGUGAUACAUCGAAUGGUGUUAUCUUUAAGUAGCAGAUUGUUAUCUCAAGAACAAGGAAAUUCAUUGUUCACUUUGGUAUUUUGCUAUGUUGAAAUGGCUUAGCUGGUAUAGGAAUCUAUCAACAUGAGCUGAAGCAUGGUUUUGUGUGGAAGUCUUUGUGCCAUCUUCUGUUACUCUGGACUACCUCUGUCUGAAUUGUUCUUUUUUUCUUUUUUUUGAAAUUUUAUUUGUGUAUUAAUUAGCUGUGAAUUUCUUGUUUAGCUGUUUCAGAAUUUCUUGUGGUCCUUGUAAAACAUUUUGCUGCUGUCUUAAUGCUGAUAUAAAAUAGGUCGCCUUUGAGGUCUGAAA